CUCUCCUCAUCAAGCAUGCCUAGUCCUCGAAAGUCCUCUAAGUCACCGGGAAGGGCCGGUUCGCGCGGCAGGAGUCGUAGUAGGAGUCGCAGCAGGAGUCGAGGACGCGCUAGAAGUCGCUCAUCCUCUCGCAGUCGGGCAAGAAAACCUGUAGAGUCUACUACCCCAGGAAAAGUUGUCUCUGAGAGGACUUUAGAAAAGAGAAUGGAAAAGGAGAAGCCAGUACUUAAGACUGACAGUGUAGACAGUGAAGUGAAGUUGAGAUCUACUCGAUCAAGCAGGACUACAAUGCGAGAAGAAACACCAACUCGUAAAUCUGCUAGAAUAGCUGCUUUGACAAGUCCAUUGUCAGAUGACUUCAGAUCUGUGUCCAGUGAAAGCACUGAUAACGAUAAGAGUUCUAGGAAGCAAGUGGAGCGUGAAUUUGGGGGUGCUAUAGGGGCUUUUUUCCUCAUGUUCUUGCUACCAGCAACUGUCUAUGGAUUGACAUUCAUGUGCUCAAAGGACCAGUGCUCCAUAAGAAAAUUGCCGAGGCUACCAUCAAAUUGGAGAGUGUUAUUUGAUCGCGAAGCCACUCUGAUAUUCUUUGGCUGGCUGGUAUUCCAGGCUUUGAUAUAUUCUCUACCCAUUGGUCGUCUUGUAUCUGGCCAGCCCAUCAAAGGGGCAAGAAAACUAAAGUAUCGGUGCAAUGGAUUUAUUGCCCUUGUUUUGAGCUUGGCUGCAUUUGGAUUGGCUGUGUUCCUCAAGGUUCCCGUCACAAGGGUUUACGACAAAUUCCCCCUGAUCACCAUAGCCACUCUUUUCUCAAUUGUCCUGAGCGUUUUCCUUUACAUUCGCUCAUUUUGGGUUUCCAGGUUUUACCUGUCCUCUCGUGGAAACACAGAAAACCAUAUUUAUGACUUCUUCAUGGGCCGUGAGUUGAACCCUCGAUUCAAAAGCUUUGAUCUGAAGUUUUUCUUUGAGCUGCGUCCAGGCCUGAUUGGCUGGGUGAUGCUGGACCUAUGUUUUAUUGCCAAGUCAUGUCAGCAGAACCAGUAUCCUUCCCCAGCUCUUUGUCUGGUAUCACUCUUCCACUUCCUGUAUGUGGCCGAUGCUCUCUGGUUUGAGGAUGCUAUACUCACCACAAUGGACAUUCUCCAUGACGGGUUUGGUUUCAUGCUGGUCUUUGGGGACAUUGUCUGGGUGCCAUUCCUCUACAGUCUGCAAACACGCUUCUUGCUAGAACAUCCCCAAGAGUGGAGGUGGUAUGGCUUGGCUGCUAUUGCAGUUCUUAAUUUGGUGGGCUAUAUUGUCUUCCGUGGAUCUAACUCUCAGAAGAAUGAAUUCAGAAAGGAUCCUCAGAACCCAACCUUGGCUCACCUGGAGACCAUACCCACAGCUUCAGGGCGUCGAUUGUUGGUGUCUGGCUGGUGGGGACUGUGCCGUCAUCCUAACUACCUGGGGACCCUCAUCAUGGCACUGGCAUGGUCUCUACCCACAGGAUUUUCCCACAUCCUGCCUUACUUCUACCCGAUUUACUUCCUGGUUCUGUUGGUGCACCGUUCCAAUCGGGACAACCACAGCUGCCGUAAGAAGUACGGCCCUAGUUGGGAGCGCUACUGCGAGCGUGUCAAGUACCAGAUCUUCCCUCACAUUUACUGAGGCUUCUACCCAGAAGGCCGGUCUCAUCAUACCCACCAUCACCACUUAGUCCUCAUCACAUUCUCCCUGUAUAGAUAAUAUUUUUUUACGGUGACAUAAUCGAAGUAUAACGUGUCAAAUAGUGUCUUGGUAUCAAAAUUGUCUCUUUUUAACUUUUAACGUUGAUAAUUUUGGCACAUAACUGAUGGGUCAGUAUUAUUUGAAUAAAUCCUUGAUAUUAUAAUAAUCUAUUUUAAUAUCCAUUUGAUUGCUAUUUAAAGCCCUGAAUAACUAAUUGUUGUAGCAGAUCAAUUCCAUAAUUAUUUUAUCAUAAUUUAAUAUGAAUAUAGUACAUGUACUUUAAGAUUUUAAACGCACCCAUCCUACUAUGUCAUAUGGCACAUGCUUUGAAUGAAGGUAUGGCUACGCCCAGGUGUGAAAUCAUUGUAACCCAAGUUGCAAGAAAUUUUUAUUUUCUCAUAUUUUCCAACAUAAUCAAAAUAUUUCCUGGGUAAUAAUUUCUAUCAAAGAGAAAAAAUCUAAAGGUUAUCCUGUGGUUGGAACAGAACAAUGAGGUCAGGUCUGUAAUGCUUUAUUGCUCCUUUUCCCUAGCU